UGUGCUCAAAUAUGGCUUCCGAAAACAACACAUCUGACGGCGAAAGUGAGUUGCUGGGGCUAUUUCGACGAUUGCUGGUGCUCUGGUAGCCAAGACCUUAGCGGAGACGAGCUUUGAGAAGCCUCGCGGUUCGCCGAGUCCUGCCAUGGCUGGUCAGCGCAACAACAGCAGCAGCAAUGGAAGCACUAACCAGCAGCAGCAGCAACAGACAGUCGACAGGGAAAGCGGGGAGACUGAAGCGAAAAUUCCUAAGACAAGCUGCGAGGAGAACAGUCAGAAUGGUGCACCCACACCCCAGGUUGCAGAGGAUGGUGACGCCGAGAGCUUGGUGGCCAGCAAGCAGCAGUCGUUACAAGAGGAAGAUGGCAAGGAGGAGGGCGGGGAGGAGGAGAGUGCCGUGCCGCUGGUCGUGAUGUACAACAAGCGGCGGUACGACGUCAAGGUGGCGCUCUCGGCCAAGAUGGCCAAGCUCAAGGAGGAAAUACAAAAGCUCACCGGAGUUCCGCCUGCGAUGCAAAAGCUGAUCUACAAAGGGGCUCCCAAACCAGACGACAACAAGAGUCUGGUGGAGUUGAAUCUGUCUGCCAACGCCAAGCUCAUGCUGGUCGGCUCCACCCUCGACGAUGUGCUCAACCUAGAAGUCCCCACGCCCGAGCAGCUCAAGGACGACACGCCACAGGCCGCUAAAGAGCCAAUCAGUAAACAAAAAUUGCACCAGAAAGUAGUUGAUAAAGGGGUUCCAGAAGACGCCAUCCCAGGAAUCCGCAAUGUCAAAGACUCACUGCCAGCUGCCCCGCUUUCGGGAAUGUUAAAUAAAUCUGGAGGGAAGGUGCGCCUCACGUUCAAGCUUGAGCUAGACCAGGUUUGGAUCGGCACGAAAGAGAGGACAGAAAAAAUAAACAUGAGCUCUAUUAAACAAGUGAUCAGCGAGGCUAUUGAAGGUCACGAGGAGUACCACAUAAUGGCUCUUCAGCUUGGGACAACAGAAGCCUCCCGAUACUGGAUCUACUGGGUUCCCGCGCAGUAUGUGGAUGCCAUCAAGGAAACCAUCCUAGGAAAAUAGGCACAGUACCUCACAAAUUGACUGGAAUCCAGAUGCGGGAGAAAGGGGAGAAGAAACAACUGAAAAACAGCCAUAACGGAAGUAGAAGCGAAAGGUUCCUGUGCUCUCUCCUCUUGUUCUUAUGUUCAGUGUGGAUGACGUCCGAGAGUGAAAGAAACACUUUGACGAGCAUGGUAUUUUUGCAAUUUUACACUCGGGGCGUCACUUCCCUUUCUGUCCCCCCGCUGUGUGAGUGACGCUGAAGCACGGGCGUUCCCACGGUUGCGUGCUGUGAGAAAAUAAAAAAAGAAUUGUGACAGUGGA